ACGACCAGCAACCACCCGACGACGACAAUACCCGGUUCUUGAUCCCCAUCCGACACAAUGGCGAUCAAGCACAACAACCAGAUCCCCAACAACCACUUCCACAAGGACUGGCAGCGUCGUGUCCGCGUGCACUUCGACCAGCCCGGUCGCAAGCACCGCCGUCGUGAGGCCCGUCUCGCCAAGGCCGCCGCUGUUGCUCCCCGCCCGACCGACAAGCUCCGCCCUGUUGUGCGAUGCCCUACCAUCAAGUACAACCGCCGUGUCCGGGCUGGACGUGGCUUCACCCUUGCUGAGCUCAAGGAAGCCGGCAUCCCCAAGAAGCUCGCCCCCACCAUCGGUAUCUCCGUUGACCACCGCCGUGUCAACUACUCCAAGGAGUCGCUCGUCGCCAACGUUGCUCGUCUCAAGGACUACAAGGCCCGCCUGAUCCUCUUCCCCCGCAAGAGCGGUCAGUUCAAGAAGCUCGACUCUUCCGCUGAGGAGGUCAAGGCCGCCCAGGCCGCCUUCGCCGAGGGCAAGACCGCUGGCUACGCCACCAGCGCCAACGCUCUCCUGCCCAUCAAGAACAUCUCCGCCGCCGAGGCCAUCACCGAGGUCAAGCGCGAUGCCCUGCCGAAGGGUGAGGAGGCUGCCUACAGACGCCUGCGCGAUGCUCGCAGCGAGGCUCGCUACCAGGGUGCCCGGGAAAAGAGAGCCAAGGUCAAGGCUGAUGAGGAGGCUGCCGCCAAGAAAUAAACAUGCAGAAUCCCCCAGUCUCUUUCUCUCCCUUUCCCUUUUUCUCUCUCCCUCCUUGUGCACCGG